AUGUUUACUUCAACUUCAACUUCUUCUUUAUCCUCCUCCAAACUCACCUCCCUAAAAUCCCGCUUCAAAUCCCGAAAACGUUCUAAACGUUCUUCGUCCAAUUCAACCUUCACCCGACCAAACCUCACAUCCAUAGACCCUCAAUCAACAUCCCCGCUCUUCACGCUCCCCGGCGAACUUCGUAAUCAAAUUUGGGAAUAUGCUUUGACCCCGUACAAUGAUUACACCCGUCCUUACCCUUCCUCAACACCCUACUCACGUCCAGACUACCUCGCACCCCUAACCUCCGCCGUCUCUUUACUCAGAACCUGUAAAGCAAUCUACUCGGAAGCAUGGUACCUCCCAUGGACUACCGCUGAGCUAUCAUUCUACCUGACGGGCACGGAUCGUCGACCAGCUCGUGUUGAAACUGUAGAAAGGGUUCAAGCCAUCUUGGACGAUUUAUAUGAUAAGGGUGUUGACAGCUCAACCAAGAAGAUUAGAGUGUUCGCGCAAGCAUACCAAUUAGAAGAGGGGAGGGAACUCCAAAGGAUAUUGGAUAUGCAUUAUUUCAGACCUACAGAAGUGGUCAUCACCAUUCGUCAUACAGACUUUUGGUAUUGGGAACGUGAUGCCAAUUUACGGCUCAGUGGGCAAUGGGUAGGAAACUGCCAACUGCCCGACAGUGUAAGGGUGGUUAAGAUAGAAUUCGAGAGUUUGGAAAGAAAGAAAGAACAGAUCGAUGAGAUCACGGAACAGGCUGUUGACCAUUGGGUGUUUAGAACAGUCGAUGGUACUAAACUCUCUGCCGUUAUAGAAAAACCUGCUGAUGGGCAAGCGAAGGGAGAAACAGAAGUGAUGAGGUGGACUGGGAGCAGCAACCUACGCGGACUAAGAUGGUUAAGAGAUGAAAUUGAGCAUAAUAAGUUGAAUUAUUAUGUUAAAACGGUGGUUUGGAGAGUUAGGGAUGAAAGCAAAGACACAGGUGGCGGGAACAUUCGUUGGGCGAGAGGUGUUUCAGCGGCAUAUGCUCCGCCGUUAUAUUCUGAUAUUGAUACUACUACAGAAGAGGAACUGAGCUAUGUGGGGAAACAUGAGAAUAUUACGGUAGAGGAGCUGAAGCAGAAAAUUCUGGACUGGAGGUUAAAGAACCCGAGGUUAGCGAGACAGGUUUAUAGAACUCAUGAUCAGUAG